CUCAGCUCCAUUUCUGUAAAGUCGUCAUAUUCACAAGGAGUGGUGUGUGCAUCGGGGAAGGACGUUUCAUACUCUGAGCGAAAACACUGACAUUCUCCUUAAGAAUAAUGUCAUCCGAGCUCGAGAAAGCAAUGAUAACCAUCGUGCAGGUCUUCCACAAGUACUCCAGACACAAGUGUAAGCUGAAAAAGGCUGACCUGAAGGAUCUUAUUAACAAUGAGAUGAGCCAGUUUAUCAUGAAAAUUCAGGACAAGGAUACCCUUGACUUGCUAUUUUCUGAUCUGGAUCAGAACGGAGACCGAGAGAUAGACUUCCAUGAGUUCAUUCCUCUCAUUGCCAUGGUGACAUCAGCAUGCCACGAUCUGUUCAUUUUGGAGCACAGUCAUUAAAAUAAUCGACUCUAUAAAAAUAAACACCAUUAUAAACUGUG